UUCAGGUCUGUUGUUUCUCUCACCAGAAGCCCAGCCGGUGGAAGCUAACAGCCCCAAAGCCCUGCCUGUGUUAGGGGAGCUAUCAAACCCGGAUAAUGACAUAAACGAGUCGGUGUUCAUCUGGGGAAUCUCAGACAAAGCAGCCCAGAGGAAAACCAUCUCUGUCGAUGAAGGUUUGUUUCAUUUGCAAAAGGAAAAGCAGCAGCCACAGCAGCAGCAGCAGCAGCGACUGGAGCCCGUGCACAGGCUGGGAAGAGGUAAAGGGAGGCUGAGGCUGCCGCAUAGGCUACUCUUUAAAGACAGGCAUUUCACUUGCAGCAAAAUAAUAGGAAGGAGAUUCGCUUGCUUUGCACAGAGACUGAGCCACAGGAGAAAGCAAAGCCAAUGUGAUUUAUUGAAUGAAAGCACUGGACAAUUACCAACAACUUGUACCUCUGCUUCCUCAAACAGCAUAAACUGGAACUGUCGUGUGAAAAUGACCCAACAAAUGCAAAGUUUACAUCUCUGUCAGUCAAAAAAGCAUAGUGCUCCCUCAUCUCCCAACGCAGCCAAACGCCUAUACAGGAACCUCUCCGAGAAACUGAAGGGGAGCCACUCUUCUUUUGAUGAGGCCUAUUUUAGGACAAGAACUGAUCGGCUAAGUCUCAGGAAGACCUCAGUGAAUUUCCAGGGCAAUGAAGCCAUGUUUGAGGCAGUCGAACAGCAGGACAUGGAUGCUGUGCAGAUCCUCCUGUAUCAGUACACACCAGAAGAACUAGACCUCAACACACCUAACAGCGAGGGCUUGACACCCCUGGAUAUUGCCAUCAUGACCAACAAUGUGCCCAUUGCAAGGAUUCUUCUGAGAACAGGGGCCCGAGAAAGUCCACACUUUGUCAGCCUGGAAAGCCGAGCAAUGCACCUCAACACACUGGUCCAGGAAGCCCAGGAGAGGGUGAGUGAACUGUCUGCCCAGGUGGAGAACGAAGGAUUCACUCUGGACAACACAGAGAAAGAGAAACAGCUGAAAGCUUGGGAGUGGAGGUAUCGGCUCUACAGACGCAUGAAAACAGGCUUUGAGCAUGCCAGAGCCCCUGAGAUGCCAACCAACGUCUGUCUCAUGGUGACCAGCAGCACAUCACUCACUGUCAGCUUCCAAGAGCCUCUUAGCGUCAAUGCAGCUGUAGUAACCAGGUAUAAAGUGGAAUGGAGUAUGUCCAAAGACUUUUCUCCUUUGGCUGGAGAAAUCAUCAUGGAUAAUCUGCAGACUCUGAGAUGCACAAUCACAGGACUUACAAUGGGCCAACAGUAUUUUGUUCAAGUCUCGGCUUACAAUAUGAAAGGAUGGGGACCCUCUCAGACCACGACACCGGCAUGCGCCUCUCCUUCUAACUGGAAAGACUAUGACGACAGAGAGCCCAGACACAAGGGACAGAGUGAAGUCUUGGAAGGUCUGCUGCAGCAGGUCCGAGCCCUUCAUCAGCAUUACAGUUGCCGGGAAAGUUCAAAAUUACAAACCACGGGCCGCAAACAGUCAGUCUCAAGGAGCCUGAAGCACCUGUUCCAUUCCUCAAACAAGUUUGUGAAGACCUUAAAACGGGGACUCUACAUAGCCGUUAUAUUUUAUUACAAAGACAAUAUGUUAGUCACCAAUGAAGAUCAAGUACCAAUUGUUGAAAUAGAUGACUCUCACACCAGUUCCAUUACACAAGAUUUUCUGUGGUUCACGAAGCUGUCUUGUAUGUGGGAAGAUAUAAGGUGGUUGAGGCAAAGCGUACCGACCUCCUCAUCCUCAUCCACGGUGCUGCAAACUCGGCAGAAGAUGCUCGCAGCAACAGCACAGCUACAGAAUUUACUUGGGACACACAAUCUGGGAAGAGUUUACUAUGAGCCCAUUAAAGAUCGACAUGGAAACAUACUCAUAGUCACCAUCAGGGAGGUGGAGAUGCUUUAUUCAUUUUUUAAUGGCAAAUGGAUGCAGAUCUCAAAGCUACAAAGCCAGAGAAAGUCUCUAUCAACACCUGAGGAGCCAACAGCUUUAGACAUUUUACUGAUAACCAUCCAGGAUAUUCUCUCCUAUCACAAAAGGAGUCAUCAACGUCUCUCUCCUGGAUUAUAUCUGGGCUACCUAAAGCUCUGUAGCUCUGUGGAUCAAAUCAAAGUUCUUGUUACCCAAAAGUUGCCCAACAUUCUCUGCCACGUGAAGAUCCGUGAAAACAAUAACAUUUCUAGAGAGGAAUGGGAAUGGAUCCAAAAGCUUUCUGGCUCUGAAUCUAUGGAAAGUGUGGAUCAUACUUCUGACUGCCCCAUGCAAUUGUUCUUCUACGAGCUCCAGAUGGCAGUGAAAGCUCUCCUUCAGCAGAUCAAUAUACCUCUACACCAGGCAAGGAACUUCCGCCUCUACACACAGGAGGUGUUGGAAAUGGGUCACAAUGUGUCCUUUCUUCUCCUGCUCCCUGCCUCAGACGACGUCUGUACAGCCCCAGGACAGAAUAAUCCUUACACCCCACACUCAGGGUUUCUUAACCUCCCUCUUCAGAUGUUUGAACUUGUUCAUUUUUGCAGCUACAGAGAGAAAUUUAUUAGUCUGUAUUGCCGUCUUUCUGCUGUUGUGGAGCUGGAUUCUCUGAAUACCCAACAGUCCCUCAGGGAAGCGAUCUCAGACAGCGAGGUUGCAGCUGCCAAACAAAGACACCAGCAAGUUUUAGAUUUCAUUCAGCAAAUUGAUGAAGUCUGGCGUGAAAUGAGAUGGAUCAUGGAUGCUCUACAGUAUGCAAGAUACAAACAACCAGUUUCUGGCUUGCCCAUCACUAAGCUGAUAGACCCCUCAGAUGAACAGAACCUAAAGAAGAUCAAUUCUACAUCGUCAUCACAUAUAGACUGUCUUCCAUCCCCACCCCCAUCCCCAGAGAUGCACAGAAGAAAGGCAGUGAGUGAUUCACAGCCCUGCUCUGAUGAAGAAGGCUGCUCGGAAGUGUUCCUUCCCACCGACAGUGACUACGACUCCAGCGAUGCCCUGAGCCCCCGAGACCUGGACCUGGUCUACCUGUCAUCACAUGACAUUGCGCAGCAGACCCUUAGCGGCCUAAGCGGCAGCGCCCCCGACGUCCUACAAGUGCACGACGGGAAGAGCCCACUGGGGCCGGGCCAGGAUCCCCAGGGCCAGGGCCCAAAUCCCGACCACUCAUGUGCCGAGUUCCUCCACAGUCUGACCCUCACGGGCCUCACGCCCAAGAACCACGCCAAGAAGGUGUCUGGAGCGCGGCCACCGCUAGGCUUCCUGGGAAAGCGGAAGUCCGGCAAGCACCCCCACUACGGCGGCUUCAGCCGCCAUCAUGGCUGGCUGCGCAUGCACAGUGAGACCCAGUCGCUAUCGCUCUCAGAGGGCAUUUACACACAGCACCUGUCCCGAGCCUGUGGUCCGGCCCACGAGCCCGAGGAGGCCGAGCGGCCCGGACCUGCCCUUGAUGGUCCCAGGGGCCUAACUCUGGCCCAUGCUGCCAGCCUUCCUGAGGAGCGGAACAGCAGUCUCCAGGACGCGAGGCCUUCGGUGCACCGCAUCUACGUGGAGCCCUACGCAGCAGCCCUGGUGGCCCAGGACGAAAACCCGUGGGCCAGCUUGAGCCCGCCCUCUGGAGGCCGCAGUGCCCUGCCCAGCCCCACUGGCCCCGAUGUGAGCCAGGAGAACCCCACCGCCUCCUCCGUCUCAGAAAUACUCAGCAGCAUGCUUUAGGGAGGCCCGCACAGCCUGUCCCCCCUUCCAUCGCUACUACCUGCGUUUUACAUCACCCUUAACCCCAUCCUGCCCCACCGUGUCCCCACUCAUUUUCAAGCGUUUUGAAUGUUAUAAAUCCAAAGGUUACAAGUUCAAGGUCCUCUUUUUUUGGAAUAGAGUGGGGCAUGGAGGCCAGAGUUGCCAAUGCCAUUCCCAAUUCAGCCUAGAAAGGGCUUGGAGGAGCUGUUGUGUCAACGUGGAGUAAGACAUGCAGUGGCUCAAACAUGCCACCAUGUUGGUAGCACCUAUGCCUAAAGUUGGCCAUCCCAGAGAAGCCCUCAGUUCUGCAACUGGUUCCGUAAUCUGACCCUGCAUUUAGAGCUCUUUUAUGAAUUUGUGAUUGAUGAAGAGAAGUUCUACAGAUGAAAAUAAGAUUAGCAUCGUUUCUCCCUCCAUUCCAAACCUUAAGAGUUUGAGGGAAAGACACCCAGGUUGUGUCUCUAGGACACAAGGGGACUUGACCUAGGUUUCCUGUCAGCUAAACUAUGUCAUCCCAAAGGACAGAGUUCUCAGGACUCACCUUAUCCGGUUUAUCCAUCAGCACUUACCUGAUUAAAUAGGCCUUGACAGGCCUUUUUUUUUCUUCGCGUAUUGCUGGGUGGAGACCACCAGGAACAAAAGUAGGGAAUACUUCUCUUUCAACUCUUACAAAGACAGAAUAGGACAGGAAGUAGCCCUUCCUGUAUACUAAGAUCCCAUCCAAGCAUGAAAAUGAGCCAUAGAUUGUUACAGGGAUCAAGGAGAUGGUUAAGCAGAAGGAAAGCCUGAGUUACAGAUAAGACAGGGGAGGGAGAGAGACGUGGGCAGAAAUAUAUUUCCUUUACAAUUCCAAGUUAAGCAAAGUAGGGCCGUGGGGGCUGUGUCUGUGAAAAUCAUAGUGGAUGAGCUUUGGUGAUGAAAUUGUCAUUUAACAAGAAAGUGCCUGCAGAUGUGGCCAGUCAGCAAUGGGCUUCUCACAACCCCACAGGCAUAUCCACUCACCCUCCAUCAUAGAUCAAGGGACAGAUUGUCCAGGGCUAGGGUGGCUGCCUUCCCCUUUCAACCUACCUCUCCUUAAGUCAAAUUUGCCCCAAAAUCAUCUGGCCCAGUUGGCCUCAGGGAAAAUAUGCCCAGAAGCCUCUACCAAUGGUUCAUUCCAACGUUGUGCUAAAAACACCUGGAAAUUUUGCUUUGGUCUCAUUACCUCCUACCUGAAUUUCUCACAAACAAGGGUCCAAAUUAGACAAAUCACACUACAUAUUCAGAAAGAGCACGAGCCUCCUCAGCUCCUGGAGCCAAGACCCAUUCACUUCACUGACAUUCUAAAUGAUCCUUUUCUGCUUCACAGGCAUUUCAGUUAAAUAUUGCUCUUUAUGGCCUUAUCCUUGUCCACAGAGUUCUACCAUUCCUCCUCAUGGGAGUUCAUACAAAGUCCCCUGUUCACAAUGUUAUUCUGAUCCCUUCCAUUUUAAAAACAUUUGAUUUAAACAUAAAUAAUUACCCUGCUGGAAAGGGACAGAUUUGGCCCAUGGCCUAUGGUCAUUAGAAAACUAAAGCCCAGAGCUCAGUCUUUAUUUUUUUAAGAGAUUUUAUACUCAAUGAAACCCCCAAAGAAUCUUGAUCAGAAUCACUAUAGCUCCUUUUUCAUGUCUGGGAGGAUUUUAAAAUGCAGUUUUCUUCUGUCUAAGUGAAUUCUAUGUGCAUGGAAAGGGAGAGUUUUAGAACUAGAAGAGCCCAUAAAAUUCAUCUAAGUCCUUAGGUUUACAGGUAGGGCAAUUAAGACCCAGAGAGGUUAAGUGGCUUGCUCAAGGUCAUGGAGCUGCUUUAGUCUCAGAGUUAGGGUCAGAACCAGAAUCGUUCCCUUGAUAGCAGACCAUCCUAUUGGGAAUUGGUACAUACCUAGUUAACUCGAUUGUCUACAGGUAAUCUUCUAUUUGGCAGGUCAUCUACCUACUUCUGAUUUCAAAUUCAAAUCCUUUGUUCAACCUUUACCUAACAAGUUUCCAAUAUUACAGAGCUCCUUGUUGAUGGGGAGUACAAACUUCAUGUAAGAGCUAAGUUAAUUAAUUAAAAAGCAAAUUUGGGGAAAACAUAAUUUCAAAUUAUGCCUCUUAGUUAAUAACAAGAAUGGCAGAGUCAUUUGUGCUCCGUUUCUACUUAUUUCUAAUUAUAAAAUGGAUUGGUUUGUUCAAUGAAUUUGUGAGAUGAGAUUCUAGAAUUGUGAAGAACUAAAAAUCCAAGGUGUUUCCUGAUCCUUAUGAUUCUGGUGACAUAGGAGGAAGUUUGUGACCGAAUCAGGUGGGAGGCAUUCAACAAACAGCAAAGGCAGAAACUGACCCACCCUUCUGACCCCUCAUUUGGUCAGUAAGCUCUGGCAUAUUGGACCAAAAUUGCAUUAAUUUUUAACCUGCUAUUUUAUAUUGGGGGCAUAAGGUUAUUUUUUUAUCUUCUGUGAGGAAAGAAGGCAUGCCCACAAAAAGAAUAACACAUGCUACAUUUUAAUGGGCAUACUUAAGUCAAUUGAAAAUGCAGUUUCUUAGCAAUAUUCCUAAAUAAAACUGGGUAUGUUAUAGCUUCAAUAAUUAGUUAUUAUUCAGGAAGGUUUCCCCAUAUCUCCACUUUGCAAUAUUUUGUGAGCCCAGUUCAUAUCAAUACAUUCUUGUGAGAUAUAACUGUGUUCUCUAAUUUACAGUCCUUUAUUCAUUUAGCUGAUCUUCUACUUAUAGAGAUUUUACAACGUCUGAGGAUGUUUUGUUGUAUUUUAUCAUUUUUGUUUGGUUUAAUUUUGGAUGCAAUGGAUUUUUGUCUUUCAUUCUUUUUGAAUCCAAUAUGAGAACCUCUGAAGGAAACUGGUCCCAGGUCUUCUUUUCAGGGGUUUUUCUAACAUGCUUGAUCAGCUUUCAUCAUUUGUGAAAAUCCUCAAAAAUCCCUGACUAAAGUUCUUCCAUACGUCUAUCUCAAUUCUAAGUCCCAUUUAUACCCAAAGAAUCAAGUGUGAAACAUAGUCCCAGGACACAAGAAGCUGACAGUAUGAUCUAAGAAUGUAGCCAUACGUUCACUAUACAUCUUCUCAACCACGUCUUAGAAGAGGCAGGAGCCUGUCUCCUCAGCCAAGCAGGCAUAGUGCAUGUUGGGCUACAUCUUCGAUUUCUUCUUGCUAUAUAGACUCUUGAGGGAGUACAACCUGGAAAAUGCAAGUCAUAGGUGUAUAGGUUUGGCAACCACUUAACAAAGCUAAAACAUCCUCUUAAUUGGUGAGAGUGCCUGGGAGACAGUAAUUAAAAACAUUCACUCCAGGGAAUGAGUAUUUUAAGAAGUAGGUACUUAAAGAUGAGAGCCAUUCCCUUUAAAGAACAUUCACUAAUGCUUGAAGCAAUAGUUACACUGGAGAAAAUAGUUUCAUUUGGUUUGAAAAUUGAAGCCAGUUAAUAAUACUUCACCAGUCCUCUUUCCUGAAGGAUCCCAAAGCACUUUAUGAAAAGCAAUGACUGAAGCCUUGUUGUACUCCCCUAAAGAAACCUUGUCCAGGAACCACCUGGCAAGCACCUACCCUGUCCUUGCCAGGAGAUCAUGCCAGGCAAGUGGAAUGGAGGACUGGUCCCUCAUUCAUUGUUAUCCUGCCACACAAAUGUGCACCCUGGUGAGAUUUCAGCUCUUCCCUUGAAGAUAACUCUGUUAGGCAAAAAGGCAUCCCAGAAAAAUACCAACUCCUUGGCCUCCUCUGGUUCUUCAUCCUCCACCCAAGAUGUAGUUACUUAACUGUUAAGUUAGUUCUCCAAGGGAAGGUGUGUCUGAAGCACAUGUAAAUUCCCUUGUUAUAUCAACAAGACACAGAAUUCACUGGCUUCUGGAAAUGUACACGUUGGGUGGAAGGAAGGUGAUGGCAUUUUUCUACAGCUCUCUCAACUUUGUAUGUAGCAGAGCUACAGCGAAGAGUGUGUAUCUCUUGGUAUAUGUGCCUAUUAAGCUAUCACAUACAAAUUAAAGAAGGUAGCUAUAGAUUAAAGGAACACUCUCCGAGAAUUCAAACUUUUGCAUGUUCACUUUAUAAAGUCUAAAUAUUUUUCCAGAUGAUUUAAUGAAGCAAAACUGGACUUCUUCCUUCAAGGUCAUAUCUUUAAGGACAUUUUUUAAAUAGCUAUUUGGAAAAGCAGUGGUUAUCUCUUCAUAGGUAGUAGGGUGAGCAAGGGAAAAGAAACUGUUUUAUUUGCUGGUCACCUCUCAUAAGAUCUUCAAACACGUGGCUUAUGACUGUUACGCUAAACUUCAAUGCGGCCUUACAAACAACAAGGGUAGUGUAUUUGAAACCAUGUUGUACAGCUUGGAAACUUAUUCUGAGAUCUUAAUUCAGAGUUUUUCUGAGGUGUUGAACUUUGCCAUUAGCAAAAAUUAUUUUUAGAAAAAUCCAUUGACUGUUUAUGAAGCACUGAUUUCGCCAUAUUUCGGGUCUCUGCUUUUUCCACCAUAUCUGCAUACAGUAGUUAUAUUUGUUUUUUCAAUUAUUUCUUCUAUUUCCACUAAUAACCACUUUUUAAAAUGGUUAUUCAAAAGGAUGGUUGGUUUUGUUUAACAAUUGGAUAAGUGGGCUGUGAAAAAUAUUCUAUCGUGAUAAAGGAAGUAGGAGAUUUGUUGUUUUAAAUAUUAUCCUAAAGUCUUUUCCUACAGAUAUACACAUAUGUUUAUUUUAGCAAAAGCCAAAAUUUUACGUAGUGGCAAAGGUUAUAAAGCUAUUAGUUAAGGCUCUUUCCUCCUCUUCCUGCAGUCCAUGACAUGAAAGUCUGAAUAUACUUUCACAGUAUUCACCAUCCAGUGACUGAUUUACAAAAGCUAAGUCUGGCAAAUUAUUGUAAGUUGCUCGGAGUUGCUGUGUUGCCUCUUGCCUUGUGAAAAUCAUAUAUUUGGGGAUGACCCAUGUAUGUAGCCAUAAGCACCAGUUUGAUGUUUGUGAUUUAAAAAGGGGGGGGUUGUGUGUGUAUGUGUGUGUGCACACACGUGCGUGCGUAUGUGGUGGCAGAGAGAUAUUUCAUAGAAAAAGUAAUUUAAGUGACAUUCUUGUUUGGCAGUAUUUAAUUGCUUCCUUCCUAAUGUGUACAUAGCAAUCUGGCUGAUUAUUGGUUGAUAUUUGUUCAGAAUUUAUUGUAUCUUGUUGCUAUGUAUGCAACUGAGUGUAUGUUAAAGUUUAGACUUCAGUACACUAUCUACACAAUUUUGUGUGCUUUAAACCUCUGUAAAUAUGCAGAUGAAUCAUGUAUGGUGUGUUAAAUGUGACUUCCACUCUUGAAACAAUAAUAUUUUAUAGUAUGUACAUUGAAAACUAUUUGAACAAUUUAAAUGUAUAUUGUAAAGUUCAAGUAUCCUCAAUCAAAAACAGCACUGGUAAAAUGUAUGCCUCUUCAACCUACCAAUUUAUAAGAGGUCAGGGAUUAAUGAGAAUCAAGGUAAUUUUUCUAAUGGCAAGACUUUUGGUAAUUUCUUACCUGCCUAAGUUUAUUUUCAAGAAAAAUUGUCAACAGAAGAAAUCUAAGCUAUUGGAGGGAAGGACUUUAUUUCAUAAGCAUUAAUUAUACUUUAUGUCUUACCUAAUAUUGCUGAAAUCUAAGUCAAGCAUGAAGUCAAAAAAUAAUUUUGUUUCUUCAUUAGAUUUUUUUGCUGCUUAAGGGACAGUUUCCAAGCCCAUUUGUCUUAAGUGUGGAAAUAUGUCAAUUCAAUAAUAAACAAAUAGAAUUUUUAAUA